GCCCGCCGCUCUGCUGCUGCCUGAGCGCGGUGCGUGAUGACGUCACCUCCUCCCAGGGGCACGCUCGGGUCGGGCUUUGCCACCAUCUUGGUGAGGUCGGAGGGGGAUUCCCCAGUGUCACGGAGCACCCAGCGCUGCAGAAACGGCGGCGGACGCAGCCUCGGUGGAAAUAGUUACAGGGCAGUGCUGAGAACCCGCUCCCUCCGCCAUGGGGAAGAAAAGCAAACUGGGGAAGAGCCGGAGGGAUAAGUUCUACCACUUGGCCAAGGAGACGGGGUUCCGCUCCCGCUCCUCCUUCAAACUUCUCCAGCUCAAUCGGAAGUUCCAGUUCCUGCAGAAGGCUCGGGCACUGCUGGAUCUGUGUGCGGCCCCCGGGGGGUGGCUGCAGGUGGCUUCCAAAUUCAUGCCUGUUUCCAGCUUGAUCAUUGGGGUAGACUUGGUUCCCAUCAAGCCCAUUCCCAACGUGGUGACCCUGCAGGAGGACAUCACCACUGAGAAGUGUCGCCAGGCCCUGCGCAAGGAGCUGCAGACCUGGAAGGUGGAUGUGGUGCUGAACGAUGGAGCACCCAACGUGGGAGCCAGCUGGGUGCACGAUGCCUACUCCCAAGCCAACCUGACCCUGAUGGCCCUGAAGCUGGCCUGUGAGUUCCUCUGCAAAGGUGGUUGGUUCAUCACCAAGGUGUUCCGUUCCCGGGAUUACCAGCCCCUCCUCUGGAUUUUCCAGCAGUUUUUCCACAAGGUCCAGGCCACCAAGCCCCAAGCCUCCCGCAACGAAUCCGCUGAGAUCUUUGUGGUCUGCCAGGGUUAUCAAGCUCCAGACAAAAUUGACAGCAAGUUUUUUGACCCAAAAUAUGCCUUCAAGGAGGUGGAGGUGCAGACUAAAUCAGUCAGCGAGCUGGUCAGCAAAAAGAAGCCAAAGGCAGAAGGCUAUGCUGAGGGUGACACCACCCUCUACCACCGCUUCACGCUGAUGGAGUUCCUCAAGGCCCCCAACCCCGUGGAUUUCCUCUCCAAGGCCAACGAGAUCACCCUGGGGGAUGGGGAGCUGGAGAACCACAGCUCCACCACAGAGGAGCUGAGGCAGUGCUGCAAGGACAUCCGUGUGCUGGGACGCAAAGAGCUCAGAGCCCUCCUCAACUGGAGGACAAAGCUGCGUCGUUUCUUGGCCAAAAAGCUGAAGGAGCAGGCAAAGGAGCUGGAUAUCAACCUGAGCUCUGGUGAGGAGGAGGAAGGCAAAGAUGAGGAGGAGAAGGAGAAGAAGGCAUCACUGAAAGGUGCAGCUGAUGAGGGAAUGAAAGAGGAAGAGGAGGAGGAGGAGGUGGAGCUGGCGUUGACAGAGAUGAAGGCCAAGGAGCUGGCAGAGUUAAAAAGAAAGAAGAAGAAGAUCCUGAAGGAACAGCGAAAGCAGCGUGAGCGCGUGGAGCUGAAGAUGGAUCUCCCUGGGGUCUCCAUUGCUGAUGAUGGUGACACCAGCAUGUUCUCCCUCCGGAGCAUCCAGAGGACUCCACUGCUGAACGAGCUGAGCCGGGGGGACAUGGCAUCAGCAGAUGCUCUGCUGGAGAUGAGACCUGGGGAUGAUGACAUUUAUGUCUCGGAUCAUGAGGAAGAGGAUGAUGUGUCCCUGGACAGUGACCUGGACCCCGAGGAGCUGGCUGAGAUCGAGGCCCGGCAGCGGCGGCUGGAGCGGGAGAGGAGAGAGCAGGGGGCAAAGAGGGUGAAGUUUAAACGGAAAGAAGAAGAGGAGGAAGAGGAGAAAGAUGAGAACCCCCUGCUGGUGCCCCUGGAGGAGAAGUCGGUGCUGGAGGAACGUCAGACCAAUCUGUGGUUUGGGAAGGAAGCCUUUGCUGGCAUUGAGGAUGAUGCUGAUGAGGAGCUGGAGCUGGGGCAGGCACAGAUGUUGGCUGAGAAGCAGCGCGAGUCUCGAAGAGAGAAAGCCCCAAAGCAAGGGCAGAACAUCCCCCUGCCCCCCAGGGAAGCUGCUGCAGAGCCCCUACCCCCUGCAGAGCCAGCAGCCCAGGCUGACAGAGCUCAGGAGGAGCAGAGCAGUGAGGAUGACAGCAGCAGUGAUGAGGAGAGGCCGCUGGUGCCGCGGGGGAGGACGCGGGACCGGGCUGAGCCCUGUGGCUUUGAGGUGGUGCCCAUUGAGAAGCCAGUCAAACGUCUCCUGGAUGCGGAGGGGUUGGCGCUCGGCGCUGUCAUUGCCACCUCCAAGAAAGCCAAGAGGGACUUGAUUGAUGACUCCUUCAACAGGUAUUCCUACAACGAGGAUGAGGAGGAGCUGCCAGAGUGGUUCAGGGAGGAGGAGAAGCAGCACCGGUGCCGUCAGAUCCCACUGAACCGGGAGCAGGUGGAGCAGUACCGGCAGCGCUGGCGCCAGAUCAACGCCCGACCCAUCAAGAAGGUGGCAGAGGCCAAAGCCCGCAAGAAACGGAGGAUGUUGAAGAAGUUGGAGCAGAUGAAGAAGAAAGCAGAGGCAGUGGUCAACACCGUGGACAUCUCUGAGAGGGAGAAGGUGGCCCAGCUGCGGCGCAUCUACAAGAAGGCUGGGCUGGCCAAGGAGAAGAGGCAGGUCACCUACCUGGUGGCUAAGAAAGGGGUAGGGCCCCGUGUGCGCCGUCCUCCUGGUGUCAAGGGACAGUUCAAGGUCGUUGACAGCCGCCUGAAGAAGGACGUGAGGGCCCAGAAACGCAAGGAACAGAAGAAGAAAAAGCACAAGUGAUGUGGGACCAGAGAGGGACUUGGCUUGGGGCAUGGGCCAUGGGGCUCCUGUCCUCCCCCCGGGGCUUGGGAGCAGCCAGCUCACCCUGCCCCUCUUCUCCAGCGUGGGGACAGGGCUGUGACACAGCCACCUCUUCCUCUCAGUGCCUUGUGACAUUGCCACCUGUCCUGCACUGGGUGGGGGGGUUGUUUGUCCUCAGUGCUGGAGCAUCACCCCCUUCCCAUCCUCACCCUGUGGCCACAUCUCAAGAUCUCUCACCCCUCCUGGUUCUCUUGUGGGAAUGGUCUGACCAUCCAGAACAGAUCUCACUGUCCCCAGAGAGGUUGUGGCUCAGGAGACAGAUCCCUGGGCUGUGUUUGCCACCAAGGUGGGUACAGAGCCCCGAGGCAGGCAUUGGGCUGCAGAGCAUCUCCUUGGUGACAGCAGAAUUAAACCCUGGUCUGAGGCUGCA